AUGUUAAAACCCAGUGUAAUCAACAACCAGUCUGUUAUUUGCCACUGGCCACAGAAGAGAAAUUUUCCCUUUCAAAAAGUCCACCAUGAUGACUUAGAAGCAAGUACUGGCCUUAAACUCUCCACUGCUGGAAUCGGAAAUGAAGUGAAGGUUGAGGAAACAGCAGGAAAAACACCAAAAUAUUAUACAUUGACCUUUGCCCUUUGCGGUUCAAUUGCAACUGCUCUGUUGGCAGUAGUUAUAUUCUAUAUGUUUAAGCGGCAACAUUUUUCAAGGCAGAAGAUGGGUCAGUUGGGCAAUCCAGACACUGCAGAAGCAUCUAAAGAUUACCAAGACUUAUGCCGACAAAAAAUGCAGAGCAAAACAUCAGAAAAGCCAGAACCUCUCCAUGCAGCUGCAACCCGUAUAGCAAGUGUGUCCGAAGCGCAGGUACGGAGUCCAUCAAGUAGAAGCAGCACUUCUUCCUGGAGUGAAGAACCCGUGACGUCAAAUAUGGAUAUAUCAACUGGACAUAUAGUCCUGUCUUAUAUGGAAGAUCACCUUCAGAAUAAAGAUCGACUUGAUCAAGAAUGGGAGGCUUUGUCCUUUCUUUCUUUUUGUCACUUUUAUAACCUCUCUUCUUUCUACCCUUUAAUUUCUUUAUCACUUCCACAACACCUUUUCUCUCUCUCUCUGCUCUUUCUUCUUUUAGCCUUUGUCUUUUUUCUUUCUUUUUGUCACUUCUAUAAACUCUUGCUUCUAUUUAACUUCUCUAUCAUUUCCAUAACAUCUCUUCUUCACUCUUUUUUCUCAUAUUCUAUCCAUUCUACAAAUCCAUUUUUUCUGCCUGAAUUUCUGAGACAAUCUUUUGUUACUAUUCAAAAUGCUUCUUUUGGAGGAAAGUGGAGACUGCACCUGCUAAAACAUUGGAAUAAAAUCAACCAAGAUGAGGAUACAUACUUUCACCAUCAGUUCUUUCUUUCUUUCUUUUUCUGUACACACUUUCACUUUCAGUUGAUUCUUUCUUUAUUUUCUUUCUUUUUCUGUACACACUUUCACUUUCAAUUGUUUCUUUCUUUAUUUUCUUUCUUUUUCUGUACACACUUUCACUUUCAAUUGUUUCUUUCUUUAUUUUCUUUCUUUUUCUGUACACACUUUCACUUUCAAUUGUUUCUUUCUUUAUUUUCUUUCUUUUUCUGUACACACUUUCACUUUCAAUUGUUUCUUUCUUUAUUUUCUUUCUUUUUCUAUGACCAUUCUCGUGUGGUGCUGAACCAGUCUGCCAAUGCCUCUGCUUCUGACUACAUCAAUGCAAGUACAAUUACUGACCAUGACCCAAGGAAUCCUGCUUAUAUUGCCACCCAAGGUCCACUGCCACACACAGUUGCUGAUUUCUGGCAGAUGGUAUGGGAGCAAGGCAGUGUUGUCAUUGUGAUGCUCACCAAACUGACUGAGAAUGGAGAAGCUAUGUGCCACCGCUACUGGCCAGAAGAAGGUAGUGACCUGUACCACAUUUAUGAGGUAAGAUAUCUUAACUAUCAUAAGAGGAAUGGUUUUUCUUUAUGUUCUUAG